AUGGUUUCCACUUGCAGAAAAAAGAGCAUGAAAAUCUCCAUAGCCAUAGCCGAUGCAGCUUCAUGGUACUGUGCCAUCGUCUUGUUAGGUCUAAUAUUACUAGGGUCUAUUAAGGAGAUCAGUUCUUCUUCUACCGCUGAGCCUUUUAAAGGCAACCAGCUUCUUGAUCGACAUUGCGAUGAAAUAUACGUUGUUGGGGAAGGAGAGACUCUCCACACGAUCAGCGACAAGUGCGGUGACCCGUUUAUCGUGGAGCGGAACCCGCAUAUCCAUGACCCGGAUGAUGUUUUCCCUGGACUUGUAAUCAAGAUCACUCCUUCUAAGCCCAGGAAAUUGUUGAGGUAG